CAUGUCACUGAGGCCUAAAGAUCAAUUUACUGAUAGAUUUUUUAUCCAGUAUCAUAAAGGGAAGUGUCAACGUCAGGUUAUUGGCAAGAAUAAAAUUGGGGAGACACCUCAAAUUAUAGCUGCAUACCUUAAUUUAGAAAAUCCAAAACAGUACACCGGUCAUUGCUUUCGUAGAACGGGUGCUACGCUUUUAUCCAACUCAGGAGCAAGCACUACCAUGCUUAAACAACUAGGUGGAUGGAAGUCACUUACAAUAGCACAAGGUUACGUCGAAAAUUCGUUAAAAAAUAGAGAAAAAAUUUAUGAACGUAUUACUAAUGCUACUGUAUCUAAUGAUCAUUUGAAUCCACAACCAUCGACUAGUAAAAAUUAUUCUAGUGGCACAAUAACUGCAAAUAAAAAUUUGAAAUCUACUGAACAAAAUGAUAAUUCCGAUAAUUUUUCUGAUGAUUUUAUAAUAAGUGAAGAUGAUCUAGUAGCAAUUGAUAAAUUAAAUCAGUUAACAACAACAAAACCUCCAAUAACCUCGGUUACAACACAGACAAAAAGAAAAAAUCUCUUCGAAGUACCAAAAUAA